AAAUAAGCAAUACACUUUUGGUCCCUAUAGUUCUAGUUUUCCAUAAUUAUCUUUUUGGUCCCUGAAGCUUUUAGUUUGCAGGAAUUACAAUUAUUUAUUUUUUACAAGAUUUACGGAUUAGAUUUCAGUGAUCAGAGCCAUCGCAUGUAUACUGAAGAUGAUGUUUGACGGCCCAUGGACCUCAUGGAAGAAGUUUGACAAAGAACAUCGUGAUGCAAUGUGGGAACACUUCAAUGGUUUGUAUGUCUGGCCCGAAGAGAUUGAUGUUCUUCCUCGCAAGGAGGCUUAUGAAAGUGCUAUGGUGGCUAAGUUUGGUGAUGAUACUAGUUGCCACCCCCUCUUGGAUAAUGAAAUAUGGUGUGAUGUUUCCAGAGGAGUCAAGAAAGGAAGAAUAUAUGGAUUCGGAUUUGUUUCUGAUCCAUCGAGCUUUUUGGAAGGAACAUCUAGUACAAUAACAUCCCAAGAGGUUGUCUAUGAACGUGUACGAAACGAGAUGCGUGGGGAAAUAGAUGCUAAAGCUGCAGAAAUGGAAGCUAAACAUCAACAAAUGCGUGAGGAAAUGGAUGCCAAAGUUGCAGCAAUAGAUGCCAAACAACAACAAAUUGAUGCAAAAUAUGAAGCAAUGGAGAAGAUGUAUGCAGCCUUGCAAAAUAUGAUGAGAAAUUGAAAAUUAGAGGAAUGUGAAUCGAAGAUGAUUGGAUGGACAUGAAAUGAAGAGAGCAGCUAAAAUGUUAUUUUGAAAUUAUGUUUUGUGAAAACUCAUUUCCUGAUGCAUACUUUGGAUUUUUUGAUGCUAAAAUGUUAUUUUGAAGUUAAACCUGUGGGAGUUUGAUGUUAUAUGGAUAGUUUUGGUUUUGGAUGUUUUUUGAAUGAUACUUUGGUAAACUUUGAUAGUUUUGGUAUUGUAAUGUUUGGUUGUAUUGUUAUUUGAUGUUUUUUAGUAUAAAAAUUUGAUGAUUGUUG